GUGUUUACUCCAAGUGACCAGGAAUACGGCGCAUAUCUGGAAGAUGAAUCUAGAGGAAGGGGGUUACUGGCGGACAAGCUGUGCUAGCUCUGCUUUAUCAGCCGGUAGCUUCUCUCGGUUGAUCUCUGGACCCUCAGAUUGAGCAACACAACAGGAGACGGGCAGCUUCUAAAUCAGAGAGAGAGACAAAGGCAGGAGAGGGGCAAGACGUGAAUCAAAGAAAGUGAAAGAAGGAAGAGGGGCAACGAGCAGAGUUGUUAUAGAGGAAUGAGGGAAGGGAGCAGUUGUCUGACAGAGCACAGGGGCUUCAGCGUAGAAUGGUGUGGAGAACUUUUGAUUUAAGAAGAGCAUGAGAGGGAGGACUGGGGGGGGGUCAGAGGCAGGGGUCCGGUACAGACUAAUUGCGGUGACAGCUUGUGCCAGGGGAAAAGGACUCAUGUGAGACUCAGAGGAAUGAAAAGAUAGAGACAAAGAGAAGGAACAGAGAGGGACUGAAAGACCCAAAACUGGACUUCAGUAUGGGUGUGAAGAGCAAGGCUGCUGCUGCUAUCUUAGUCCUGCUGCUCUUCCUCGGCUCCCUGUGGCUCCAUGGAGGUCUGGAUUAUCACUGGGAUUCCUGUUUUAAAGGUUAUAAUCAAGUAAAUAAGCUCCACCAGCUGUACAACAGCAGUGGGGCAGAAGGAGCGGAGGGCCCACAGGUCCUGGAGGGGUGCCCUGGUCAGACCUUCCAGGUGUCACUGCUGCUCUCCCACCUGCUGGCCGCUCCGGCCUACACCUCUGACGUGCUCCUGCAGCCGUAUCUUUCCAGCUGGGACGAACUUGUGAGGUUUAUGGAAGCUCUCGGUCCAAUGGUUGGACUUAUAUCCAAAGAGAUAGAAACUAAGACUUCUAUAAUCCGGCAACUGGCUGUGCUGGCUGCAGAGGGCCCUGAAGCCGAACUGGGCCCGGACGGAAACUCAAUAAACUCUGUGAGCACAGAAGCGGGGACAAAGGACACCGGUGCCUACCACUCUGUGCGCUCCAUGAUCUUGGCAGAGCUGAGCCAAGGCCAGGUGGACUUCAACCAGCAAACGGACUCUGGAUGCCGGACUCUCCUGCGUCUGCACCGCGCCCUGCUCUGGCUGAAGCUCUUCCUGGAGAAGCUAGCCGAGACGCCGGUGGCAGGGCGGUUCAGGAGCCCCUCGGAGCUGUGUCGCGAGGCCUACCAGAACACCCUCGCCCACCACCAUACCUGGUUUGUGCGCAGGGCCGCCGAGCUGGCCUUCAUAGCCUUGCCAGAGCGAGGUUUCUUCUACAGGCUGGUGUGUGUGCAGAACCAGGAGGAGUUCGGCGUGCUGCUCAACAGAGUGGUUCAGGCUAUUGGAGAGGUUUACGACAGGACACAGAAAGCACUGGAGGAAAAUGGCAUGCUGGACUUGCCAUAGAAAAGGGGACCGUCAGUCCUGGUUGUUUCCAGGGCUUCAUACGUCAACAAAAAUGUUGUAAACUUCUCAAUGAUAGAUGAAUAGACUAUUUUUUCUAACUGAAGUUUACAUGUGCCAUAUUUUCCACUCAACCAAAGUGCUGUUAACAAUCAACUUACACUGAAAGAUUUUCUUUUUCAUCCUGUUAACAUUCCUCAUUCAAUUAGAUGAGAUCAUAUGUUGAUUGGAGGUAUAUUUAAGGCAGCUGAUGAAGCAUUUACACUGUUUAAACACAGCUGGUGGACACACAAUCACGAACCCCCCCCCCACACAAAGAAACACAAUGUUCUUGAGACUGGGUCACAGGGGAGAUGAUUAAAGCUGCUGUGAGGAGUUUAAAGCUGGUUUUGAAACACACUGAAAUGAUUGUUUAUGCCUCUGUAGACCUACAGAAGCAUCACUGACUUGAAGGAUAAUUUCUAUAUAUUUUAUUUAAUGCUUGUAACCAGAAGAAAGAGCACACCAUCAAUCCACUCUAACUUUGCUAAAUGGUGCUUAAAGUGUUGUGCACAAGGUGGAUUCAUGUUGGCUCUUUGUAAGUAUUAUAAUAAAGAGUACGGUUUACACCUGCUCUUUUUGCAAAGUGUCUUAAGAUAAAAAUGAUUAUGAACUGGUACUAUACAAAUAAAGAUUGAUUGAUUAUGAUAAUAUAUAAUACACUUUUAUCGAGCCCCAUUCUGGGACAUUUUUUUUUACAACAGCUCAAAAUAGAGGAACAGAAUCAGCUAAAGAUAGGAAAAGGUUUAAAACAUAUUUACAUUCAUUAAA